AUGACUGAAUACAUCACACUGGUUUCAUCAGAUGGAUUCGAAUUCAUCAUUUCAAAAGACGCUGCGAUGGUCUCAGGAACGAUCAAGAACAUGCUGAGCUCAACUUUUAGAGAAACAGAGGAACGUAAGAUCAGACUACAAGAGAUGGAUGGAAGAUUGUUGAACAAGGUUGUUGAGUAUUUGUACUAUAACAACAAGUAUAAGGACUCAGUGGACGUUCCAGAAUUUAAUAUUCCAACAGAGAUGGCAUUGGAAUUACUUGUUGCUUCUGAUUUCUUGGAUGUUUGA